AUGACCUGCUUUAAGAUAUUAUAUUUGACUUACCUAAGUCCUACACUACGUGCCUUUAUUUACAUACCAUUACUUCUAUUUGGUUCAAUCUGGUGUGCAGCAGUUCCUCCCUUACCAAGUUACUUCUCCAACAAAAAGAAUUUUAUUAACGUCUAUUUUGCAAAGCUAUCAUUUGCAUGGACAGCUUCAUUCUUAUCAGUAGUCGUUUUGCUAUCCUCGUAUGUUUAUACAAACUGUAAUAUAAAACGAGUAGCAAGGCAUUGUUGUCGAAUUGUAGUUGCAACUGUAGCUUGGUUUGGAUUAACAUCAAUCUUCGAUCUUAUUCGUAGUGCUACCGGAGAUUGUACUAUUCCAGAAUAUCAGGCAAUUGAUACCUGCUAUAAACAUGGUGGAAACUGGACUGGUUUCGAUACAUCAGGCCACUGUUUCGUUAUGACAUAUUUUAGCUUCUUAAUAUGCGAAGAAGUUCGCAUAUUAUGUAAUUGGAAAGCAUUACUGGAUAAACUAGUACCCUCCAAUGAGCGCAACCCAAGUGGAUCUACUUUGCGAAAAAAAAAUCUUAUGUUUAUUACAUAUGUUCUAGACAUAGUUGGAUUGGUUUCUUGCAUCCUGUUAAUCAUUUGGGAUUUUGUUCUGAUAUGUACGAUCGCUUACCACCAUACUAUCUUCGAAAAAUGGGCUGGUGGAGGCAUCGGUAUUAUCGUUUGGUUUAUCACUUACAAGAAAUGGUAUAUCAUUGCUAUGUCACCUACUUUACCUGGAGCAGGUCCUUACUAUAGUAUUUUAUCUCAAAUACCAAAAUGA